AUGGCUCCCAAUACACCAAACACAGCCCGCUCAAUCCGUCGACGACCGUCUCUACUUUCCAGCUUUCGUCCUCGCACUGCUGGAGCCGAUAUUCCCGUUCCACCAUUACCCUCACGUCCGCAUACUGGUGUAUGGAUUCCUCACAAGGAUGGAAGUCAUCGUGAUUUGAUGGCCCUUUUCUCCCACGAGACAGGAGCAUAUGACUUGGGCGGUGUGCAACAGCAGCAACAACAGCCACAACCGGAGCCACAGCAACAGCAACAGCAACAGCACCAGCACCAACCCAAACAACAGAUCCAACGACAUCCUGAAUCUCUUGAACAACCGGACCUUCUUGAUCCAGAGGAUACUAACGCUUACUCACACAUAAAAACAAGACAUCGUCCCAGCAAGAGUUUCUCCAGCCUGCGUCACGGGGUCUACGAACUCAGGGCUGUUGCACGCCGCCUAUCUCUGACGGUCCGCAACAAAUCUUCAAGAUAUAACCUGUCAAGAGCCAUGGAAGGGAACGAUGAUGGCAAUGUAUCCGAUGACUAUAAAUCUGCCGAUUCAGGAGCUGCCAUGGGCUGCUGGGGUGCCAGUCGUGCAACCCAUCGUCCGUCUCUCGGUAGCCUCAAUGCGCUGGGCCGCUACUGUACACCACCAUCAUCAGUUCCCUGCGUGACAGAUGCGAUCCCGGGGAGCGGCUCGGAACCGCCAAUCCUUCCCGAUGACCUUUCACGCGGUGCCGCGGCACGAGCUGCUGCUGCUGCCCAGAAUGAGAUGAUUAAGGUUUGUCGUAUGGGUUCACGGGGGGAUUCGAAGAUAUUCGACUCGGAUACAGCCCUAAUUGAGGAGGCAGAUGUUGCUGGAGAGGACUCGGAGAGCGGCAUUGAUGUUGAUCUGCAAGAUCAUGUCGAUGUCUCAGAAGUUGAUGACUUGGAUGUUGUGCGCAAAGACCCAAUGGAUUAUCUGCCUGCCGAACUCAUGGCGCAUAUCCUUUCCUUCCUUGACGCUGACUCGCUCAGCCAAGCAGAAUUGGUCUCCCAUGCAUGGCACGACCAGGCUGUCUCUCACCAUGUCUGGAGAGAAGUUUUCCGUCGCGAGUACCGGGGCCGGCCUCAGACUGGGAAAAUGACGAAUGGACAAUCCAAAUCCAUGGGAUUGGGACGCUCUCUACCCAACCAGGAUUGGAAGAAGAUGUUUGCUGUUCGUCGGAUGUUGGAGGCUCGCUGGAAAGAGGGCAAGGCUGCUGCGAUUUACCUGCAUGGACAUAAGGAUAGUGUUUACUGUGUUCAAUUCGACGAAAACAAAAUCAUCACCGGCUCCCGCGACCGCACCAUUCGCGUCUGGGACGCACACUAUCCAUGGCCCUGCCUCAAAAUCAUCGGAGCACCCCCCGACCCUAAAUCCCCUCUUACCCUAGGUCCCCUCGUAAUCGAUCCACCCGACGACCCCAUCGCCCGAACCCCCUUCAUCAGCAUCUGCCCGCCAGCCCGCUCAUCCCCGGACCUCGUAAUUCCCACCUCCGACACCUCCGACUACCACCGCGCCUCAAUCCUCUGCCUCCAAUUCGAUGACGAAAUACUCGUCACUGGCUCCUCAGACUACACCUGCAUUGUUUGGGAUAUCAAAAACGACUAUAAAGCCCUCCGCCGUCUGGUGGGACAUCAAGCUGGCGUCCUAGACGUCUGCUUCGAUGAUAAAUAUAUCAUCUCCUGCUCGAAGGAUACUACCAUCUGCGUCUGGGAUAGGAAGACAGGUGAGCUCGUCAAGAGACUGCUUGGACACAGGGGCCCCGUCAACGCCGUCCAGCUGCGCGGGGACCUAAUCGUUUCUGCCAGCGGCGACGGCGUCGCCAAGCUCUGGAAUAUCACCUCAGGCCUCUGUAUCCGUGAAUUCCCCAGUCGGGACCGGGGCCUAGCCUGCGUCGAAUUCUCCGAAGACGCACGCACGAUCCUUGCAGGCGGCAAUGACCAGGUAAUCUACCAAUUCGACGCGAACACGGGUGAGCUGGUGAAUGAGCUGAAAGGGCAUACUGGACUGGUGCGGUCGCUGCAUAUGGAUUCUUCGAACGGGCGGAUUGUGAGCGGCAGCUACGAUAUGAGCGUUAAGGUAUUUGAUAGUAAGAGUGGGGAGAUGCGGAUUGAUUUACCCGGGUGGACGACGAGUUGGAUGCUGAGUGCGAAGUCGGACUAUAGGAGGAUUGUGGCGACCAGUCAGGAUUCUAGGACUGUUAUUAUGGAUUUCGGGUAUGGGAUUGAUGGGAUUGAGUUGCUUGAGGAGUAA